AUGGUAGGAACAACAGCUGUAUCUGAGAUCACCGAGAUUCUAUUUAAGAAAUUGCCUGUUGCUGCCUUGGAUGAAUACCAAUCCCUCCGGAAUGCUCAGAAAGAGUUUCAGUACCUGUCCAGUACGCUGUCAUCCAUUCAAGACCUGCUUGAAGAUGCGGAGGAAAAGCAGUUGAAUGAUAAAUUAGUCAAAGGUUGGCUCUUGAAGCGCAAGGAUGUCGCCGUUGACACUGAUGACUUGUUGGACAAACACACAACUGCAGUUCAACGUUCAAAAUUGAAGGAUGAAAAAAGAAAGGCAUCCCAAGUUGGAGAAAAUUGGGAAGAAGAUUGUCAACAAACUCAAGGAAUUGCCCUUGGUUGCGAAGACACUGGGAGCAUGUUAUACUCCAAACUUGGUGAAGAUGAAUGGAACAACAUAUUGAGAAGUGAAAUUUGGGAGCUGCCAACGGACCAGAACAACAUAAUGCCAGCUCUUAGAUUGAGUUACAAACAUUUGCCACAGAAUCUCAAGAAUGAUCUGGUGCAAAUGUGGAUGGCCCUCGGUUUCAUUCAGCCUCAAGGAAGGAAAAGGAUGGAGGACGUUGGUUACAAUUAUUUUGACGAGCUAGUAAGCAAGUCCUUCUUUCAAGCUCAAAAAGGCAAUUAUGUAAUACAUGAUGCCGUGCAUGAUCUAGCACGAUCCAUCUCCAUUGAUGAAUGUGUUAGACUGAAGGCUGACUCACAAAACUUUUAUAAACAAAACUAUAUGAUUGACAUGGACAAUGCUCUUCAUUUGUCAUUCUCAUGUCGUCACUCAGUGCAUACUUCAUUUGAGCCAUUCUACAGAUGUGAAAGACUGAGAACACUCCUGCUCUUGCAAGGAUACGAAUCUAAGACUAACAUCCCAUCUAGUCUAUUCAUAAGGCUGAAAUUCCUGCGAGUUUUGGUCCUUAACCGCCAAGAUAUUCAAUGCGUUCCAGACUCCAUUGGCAAUUUACUUCAUUUAAGGUAUCUAGGCCUCUCUAGCAUUGAAAUCAAAAUGUUGCCCCCUUCAAUCAGCAAGUUGUACAAUUUACAGACAUUGAGACUGAAACAUUGUAAUGAACUGAUGUGCCUGCCAAGAGGAAUCACUGGCCUGAGCAAUUUAAGACAUCUGGAAGCAAACAUUCUACUCACAUCAGAGAUAGCAGGAAUAGGGAAACUAACCUACUUGCAGAAGCUUGCCAAAUUCACUGUUCGCCAGAGGAUGGGAUUCCACAUAACUGAGCUAAAGGACAUGACGGAACUUCGGGGACGUCUUUGCAUUUCUGAUCUUGAGAAUGAUCAGUGGAGAAGAGAACUGCAAAGCCCCCCAUCUUUGGGACAACUUCCAUUCCUCAGAUAUCUUGACAUUGGUGGAAUGGAUAGUGUCACACACAUUGGGAAAGAGUUCCUGGGUGUCCAAGGAUUUCCAUCAUUGAUCGAACUAGUGAUUGAAGACAUGCCUUGUUUGGAGGAAUGGGCGAUUGCACAAGAUGGAGUGUUUCCUUGCAUCACCAAAAUCCGGGUGAGAGACUGUCCAGAGCUGAGAGAGCUGCCACAACUUCCUCCAACACUGACAAAGCUAACGCCUCAUCAUCAGCAUCAGGGACGGAACCAAGGGGGGCUAGCGGGGGCUUCAACCCCCCCCCAGCUCCAGCGAUCUCUUUAUCCGGCCGGCGGAACCAAUGGCCUCUCCAUCCUUUUCAGCCCCUCCAGCCCCUCCACUUCUAGGCUUCAGCCCCUCCAGCUGCCAAGAAGAAGAGGAGAAGUUGGUGCUUUCCUGGUGGCUGUGUUUUUCCAUCAUCUCUGCCCUCUUGCAUGGCUACUUCAUAUGAAUAUUUUAUGGAAAAGAGCACUAAGGAGAUCACAACAACAUGGACAACAUGAUCACAUGAUCAGCUUGACAACGAAGCCUCACAACAUUAAGCAUUUGAAGAUUUCUGACUACUUUGAGCUCAACUACUUUCCGAAGGAGACCAGGCUGCCAGAUACGCUCAAGCUUUUGACGUUGUGCAACUGUGCGAAUCUCUUGUGCUUGCCUCCACUGCUUCAUGUCUCAGGCCUCGAGACGUUGGUUAUUACUAACUGUCCAUUGGCGAAGUUACCUGUAGAUGGACUGCCUGCCGAGCUGCAGGAGCUGCACAUUGACAGCUGCCUAGAUGAUGUAAAAGAAUGGGAUAAGAUGACAGGGUUUCUUGUCCUUUAUUGUGAAAAGGUGGGUGCAAUUGACUUCUAUGCAGAGAAGAUCAGAGAACUUGAUAAAAGAAUUGCUGGUCCACAUGAUAGCAUUAUGGUAUUGCAUGCUGGAAGAACUAACAAGAAUGCUUUAAAGGUACUUCUAGUUGCUUAG